UCCUCUAGAGCUCGGCGCUUGUCUGAUCCACUCUUUUCCCACUUCGGGGAAGGCGGGACCGUAUUAGCCGGGCAGGGCGUUCUUUCCGCGGUCACAGGCGGUGUAGUCGUUCUAGGGGUGGGUCUUUCUUGGCAAAGGAAAACCCACCUUUUUCAUUGUUUGGAUCUCGAAGGAAUGUGAUGGUUUGAUCUUGCGGCGCAAGGGAGGGGGGUGAGUGAAGGAACUAGCGAGGACCCUGCUGAGAGCUGAUCUAUUCAUCCUCAAAAAGUCAAACGCGACUGAGUAGUUUGUCCUUCCAGAGAGCUACCUCCGAAAAAUUCUCACCAUUCUUCUUCUGGUGCUCAAGGAUACGACCAAGCUCUUAGAACCCUUGGUGAUGCCUGGUGACCUGCAUUUCCAUUGGAAUGGCUGCCGCACAUACUCUGAGACCCACCAUCCCACUUCUUGUCGAUUGGUGUCAAGGUGAUCAAAAGUCACUUGGAUCACUAAUGAUAGUGGAGACAAGGCUUAAAUAAUAAUAAAUAAAAAAUAUCUAUAUAUAUUCAAAACUUCCUCCUAAAGGUAAGAGGAAGACAUAUGGACCCGAACUUUGAAUCUGUCCUCUGAUUUCUUCUUAAGAGUCCUAGAGCCACUUAGGAAACACCACCAUACAAAUGUGUACCCCUCUAUCAAGCAAUCAUAAAUACCUCACAGUAGAUUAGUAUCAGAAAGAAAAAUGACAGACACAACAAAUCGCCAUCUGAGACACAAGUUGCAGAGCUUAGGACGACGUCUGGAUGAGCUUGAAGAGGCCAGAGGAAAACUACAAAAAGCUGAAGAUGAACUUCUUGACAUUCAGGACAAAAUCAUUCAGGCUGAGGGGAGUAAUUCCUCACUUCUCGCCGAUGUGGAGACAAUGCGAAAGAGAUUGCUCAGAAUUGAAGGCAAAGAUGAAGAGGUCAGAAAAGCGGAGGAUCUUUGUCGUGACGUUAGGGAGAAACUAGAUCAGGAGGAGAAACUUACCAAGGAUCUUAAAGUGGAGAUUGAACGUCUUCAGCGCAGAAUGACUGAACUUGAGAAGCUUGAAGAGGCUUUUGGUAAAAGCAAGUCAGACUGUACCCAGUUGUGCCUUAGUCUUAAUGAGGAGAAAAACCUGACCAAAAAGCUUGCAGCAGAGCUUGAUGCCUUGAAGGCACGUGUAAAGGAAGUGGAUACCUCUGAAGCUCGACUGGACAGGGCAGAAAAAUCCCUUACUGCAGAGAUGGAGAAACUAAAGAGUCUCACUCAGACGUUUGUGAACGAACGCAAAAGACUUCUGGAAAGGCAGAGAGAGGAUGAGAAAAUCAUACUCAAGCUGAACGAGAAGCUUGAACGUCAGAAAAACAAACUAGGCACAGCAGACCACAGCCAAUUUGAUUCUAGAGAUCUUCGAAUUGAGGAUGAGUUCUCAACAGGCCUCACAUGCAAACUGGCCAGGAAGAAGAGUUUCGAAUACUUGAAGCAUUCAGAUGACCUAGAUUUGAGAAAUGAGUCAAAGAAUGAGAAAAAUAGCUUAGAGGGACAGGAAGACAAUAAGGUUAAAGACCUCAGCCAGGAAGUGGAAAGAUUGAAGAAUCGUUUGAAGCAGAUGGAGUUGGUGGAGGAGGACUUGAAGAACAUGGAAUCCAAGAAUGCUGAACUGAUAGAAAAGUACCAGCAGGAGAGGAACCGUAGUCAAGCUCUCCAUGAUGAGGUUGAGCAGAUGAAAAUGCAGCUCAAAGGUUGUAGCAAUAGUAAUGGAAACUCUACAGUUAACAGCACUACAAAGGUCCUGGAAAAUGGCAAGGCAGAAAAUGAUGAGAUCAAUGUACGAGGAGGCUUCAGACAGGAGAAACCUAAAAUCCUAAAUAGGAGUCCUGCUGCUUCCGAACCAGUCACCUCCAAGUACAAAAGCAGAGAUGCGUCUCCUCAGCAGAGGCGAGAAACUAAGCUGAGGAACAAAGACCUUUGUCACUCCAGGGAAAGCUCCCCAAAGACUGUACGAAGGACUCUUAGUCCAGCACAUAAUGUCAGGAAAGGUUUGAAGACUGGUGCUUCCAGUACUGCUUCUGACAAUGAGACAAAAGAUGGCAAGAAAGAAAAAACAAUUGGAAGUGCCUCAUCAAGUGCUCUCAGUGAAAGCAAGAAAAUUUCAGUCCUUAGUCGCUAUCCUCCAGCUGCUAAUGACCAAAAAUCUUGGAAGCCAUCAGUCAAGCAAAAUGACAGUGAUAGCAAGAGGAGUCAAAUGGAAAAGUUGUCCAGGUAUCCUGGAGUUGAUAGUGAAUCCAACAUGUCUGAUAGGGCAGUCUUAAUAUCAGCCAGAGCUGCUAUCCUUGCUUCACCUGAGAAAGGACUAACUGAACCUGAGAGUUUAGAUCAGGAGGCUUCUGCAAUGUUGAGUGUGUCCAAGGCAAACGGAUCCUAUACUGCUUACAGGUCUCAUGUAUCGCCAUCUGUUCUGAGCGAUCACGGUUCUGAUGGUCACUCCUCAGCCUCUGAAACAGAAUCCACUGGCUCCAGGCGAUCGGCAGGUGAGCAAAGUGACCCCCUGAUGUCAAGUACAAGUGGAAGAACAUCAUCAAAGUACACCAGAUACUCACAGCUGCAAGAAUCUUACUCUGAUGGUUCCUCAAAGGGCCCCUUUAGUGAGGAGCAACACAGGCCUCUUACGGUAGAAGGGGAUACACAAGAGACUAUGCAUACUACCUCAGGUAUUGAGAUCCGCAGGGUAUGCAGUCCUCGUGAAGCCCUCCGGUCAAAAGCUGUCAUCAAGCAAGCCAUUGUUGAGAUUGACAGGAAGGAAGUGAUGUCAGGGGGAAUCUCAGAGCCUUUGACUACCAGUGGGAAGCCCAAGAUCUCCACUAAACCAGUACUGAGUAGCAAGAUGACUAGCAGUAUCACCUUCUAUCCCAAUGACCCCAGCUCCUCUCGAACAAGCAGUCGGAGCAGUAGUUUAUCAAGUGAGCCCCCUUCCAAGGAAAGGCACACUUCUACUAGUAAUAUUGUCAUCGGCCCCAGCAGUGAGCAUAGGGGUAGCAUCUCUAUACCUUACGAAAUAUCCAUCCCUAAGAGUGAGAUCACUCUGCGUCAAAGUGACACUGAUGUUGACUUCUCUGAUCCUCACAGUUACAUUGAGAAUGCUCCCAUGGAGGCAGCCCUCCUGUCUCAAAGCAGCUUCAGCCUCCAGUCUUCAGAAGCUUCAGACUUAAAUAAUGACAUUGAGUCUGGGUUUGAGAGCAGCAGUAGCAACACCACCGUGACCAGCUGGAGAAGCCAGAGACAAAACCACCACUCAUAUGAUGACAGUUUGCCAGAAAUGAGAAACAUCACUGUCAGGAGCACUUGGAGGAGCCGUGGGGCAGCUUCUGUGGAUGAAUCUGCUCGAGCAAUAAGGCAAGAUGGCUCAGAGGAUGAGGGUGAGUCUACAACCACCUGGAGAGCAUAUAGGGCAACUGCAGUGUUGGACACUCCAUCAAACUCUAGCACUGUUGCUAACUUUGGAAGUAAACCAAGCCCAGCCGAGGUAUACAUGCGUAGGAUCAACAAUGCAGCACCGUCUGUCCUUGAGCCAGGACGAAGGAACAAAAAGACUUCUUUGCCAGAAAGAGCUAUUGCACAUGAGCCUGUCAGUGCUCAGCAACUUCAACCAAGAGGCCGUAAACAACCCAUUUCUGCAGAUGAUGGAGAAACUGUUCCGUCCUCAUGGCGAAGGCAGCCCACAGGUGACGUGGACUCGUACGAUAGGCCUGGGAGUCGUGGAGCGUGGUCUAGCAGAAACCGCACAGCAGAUGGAAGCCGGUCGUGGUCAAACCGACAUCUGGACAAUUGAUCCAUAUUACCCACAUUUCCAACUAGUUGAUACAUCUCAAAGCAGCCCCUGUGUGAAGGAAUGAAGCUCAUCUCAACUCUUCAGUUAUGCCAUGACUUUAACAGACCCAUCAGCUGAUCAGAUUUCCAGGUAGACCCCGAGUGACCACUGGGAACUUUGACGUACUCAUACAUCAACCUGUAUGAAUUCACCAUCUUCCAGCUGUCGCUUUUUCGAAUGGAAGUCUCAUAUUCCUACAGCGAUGAAUCCUCUUCUGCUCCUUGUAGUGUAUUAAAGUCGUCAAACAUGACAAGGGAGAGGUGCAGACAUGUUGUUGGGAAUAUGUAAAAGGGGCUUUGGGUCAUUUAUCAGCAUUUUGAAAACCCCACACAGACCUUGUUGGUGCCACAGAUCUUGAAUUUCAUGUGUUAUUCUCACAAGGAGCAAGUUACAGCUUGUGGCUUUUCAAUUAGUUCACACUUCUUCUUUUUUUUUUCUUUUUUUUUGCUGGAUGGUUUAAUUAAGGAAUUCAUUGGGAUUAUUGCACACAGCUAAAAUUCAUUGAUUAUCCAGGCAAUCACACAUAAGUGUAUACAUAUUUUUUUGUCUUGUGUCUUAGGAGCCAGUAGAGUCAGCCACAUUCUAGAAGUACAUGCUAAGGCCAACAGUCUUCAUUAUGCAUUGAUGUACAUAUGCCCAAUUUUUCAUCGUAAAGCGCCUGGUGACCAAGUUUAUUUGAUCUCAUUUGUAAUUUGCUCCUUGUAUCAUGUCAAUUUAUUACUAGUUUGUCUGUUUUCUUCAUCUUUUCUUUAACUGGAUUUGAUGGUCUCACAACCAGCAUAGCGAAUGCACAGGGCCACGACACUAAACGUUUUUAAGAAAAGCUGGGAAACGCAUCUGCAUGUUGACCUUUCUCCGUCUCAGUAGCUCUGAAGGGAUGCUGGCUUUGGAUUCCCAACCACUGGAGAAGAAUCCAAUCACCUAGAGCUCAUCUCGAUGCGACCAUGUCCAUCUGGGUAGCUAACCGGGAUUAACCCAAAUUCUGGACAUUUAUAGAGGAUUUUCAGAGCCGCUCUGUGACUCUAAUCGCAAACUUUGCACAGAAAGACAAUGAACCGAACUCUCGGUGUGUCACAGAAAACCAGCGUUUGGGAUUCUGCUGGUCCGAGUCAGUCUAAUAAACCCCUAGACGGGUUGUGUUUUCAUGUUAUUUCAGCCGUAGAGCUUGUUGAGCCUUGAGGGUGGCUAGCAUGACACCACAAAGGAUCCAGAAUGCUUCAGUUAGGAAUGCCUAUGCCUGGAUAAACGGCCUCACCAUCGAAAAAACAUCGGAAUGCCCAUCACUUCCUCAUGUGGUUAGUACUUGUUGAAAUAUUAUUGAAUAGAGCUGCUGCAGUUGAAAUGUUGUGUACUGUUUCUAUUAGAUUUUAAACAGUUCAGUGCCACCAAUGAUUAUUUUCUUAUUCCGGCUCAGAUUCCUUUUGUCCUUGUACACUACUCUUAAGUGUCCGUGCGUAUUAAUAUCUCUCUUAUCCAAUACCUUGAAUCCGACGAUGACGACAAAGGGUCAGUUAUCCAUCGGCCCACCAGAUGAUCUCAAUCUCCAAUGUCACUGGAAUGUGGGAUGUUUUAUUUUUCUGUUUGUUUUAAUCUAAUGCUGUAUGUGUAAUGUUGUUCUGGGGGUUGAUGUUCAAGUGGACAGUUUGCUGUCUUUGCGGCGUCUCACUUGGUUAUUACAGAUUUAAAAAGAUCCACGCCUCACCAUCACGGUCAGUUUUGCUUUGUUCUGGUUUCCUGUGCUUCUGUGUCCUCAAUAGUUAUUCGUCCCUCUGGCUUGGGCUGGAUGGAGUCUUUGAAACAAAAUUGGAAAUUUCUGUUUGUCUAUCAAUUUAUCUUUUUUAUUUAAGUCAUUCUAAUGAAUUUGUAAUUGCACUUAAAUCAUUAAAACUCAUAAACAUAAGAAAACAGACUAGAUCUUUCUGAUGUGUAAAAAAAUGUUCUCAGCUUUGGUUGUCUCAGAAAUAGAGAGACUACACAUGAUUGAUAUGGCUUAGAAGCAAAUAGUCUUGCUUACAUAAGUUACCAUCACAUUUCCCUAAAUAAUAUUGCCAACCAACUUAAAAUGUAUUACAUUUAACCAAGCUGCCCAUACAAAAUGUAUAAUAUGUAUAUUUUUUGUAUUCAUUUCUGAACGUUUUCCAAGAACUCAUUUGACUUCGGGCGGCAGUUUGGCUUUGUUCUUCUCAAAAUUGCCCUACUUUAUUCGGCACCGUAAAAACAAACGUUUGUCUUUCCAAAUGAAUAUCGCAGACUUCCCUCUACUUCCUGUUCAGGGGUCUUGGGCUGAAGUGAAUAUGCUGGCUCCUGUAUCUCAUGCCCUUGCUUUCUCAGAAUACCCUAGUGCCCUGGGCUGCUGUAAUCCAAGCUGCCGGUCCCUAAAGCCAUUUUAUUGGCUGGCUAAAGUAGCAGCAGCAGGCCUGAUAUACGGUCCCUGGGUUGGUUGCAGGUCGGAGGUCAGCGCUGCAUUUGAUGGGCUUAUAACUUCUGAGGGAGGAAGUGGGACCAGCUGGCAGCAAAAAAAAAAAGGCAAAAGAGGAAGCAGAGUUGGUGACCAGGAUGGUGUCCAUGUGUGGUACCAAGAAGAACCAGGAGGGUCAGCCAAGAUUCUGUAGAGAGGGAAGGUUUUAGCCGUUUCCCAACUUCCGUAAAUAGUUUUAGGCAUUAUGAAUUGUAAAUCCCUCUAUAAUAAAAUUGUGCCCACUCAAAGCUUGCAAACAUGAUCCUAAAACUGCAGCAUGACCCAGAUUGAUGUGAUGAUAUAGAGCAAGUCUGUACUGGAAAUACCAGCAGACUACAUCUCCCUUUCCCAACCCCCCCGGCCAGGCAAAGGUCUCUCGGCUGCUCUGUGGCUUCAAUGCUCAACCACAGCUGUCGGAAACCGUAGAUUUUAUGUGCUCACAAGACAGUCCAGAGUUUCUGAAAGAGGUCUUUUUAAAGAGGCUGACUGAAACCACAAUUCUCAAGGAAUUCUUCAUUUCUCAACCCCAUUUACUAAAGUGUCAAUACGCCGUUCACCCUCAGAAGUCAUCUUAACACGUCUGAUUUUCAUUCCUCCACUUUUGUCUUUUGCUCUCUGUGGAAAUAAUCGGUGCGAGAUUCGGUUACAUGUCUCAGAACGGAUCAAAGGUCAUAUAGUUUCACAUAUUGUUCAUUUAAAAGAACUAAAUCAUAAAAAAAAUACUUCAUCCUACAUCAAGGUUUUCCCAUCUAUAUCACUUUAAUGUACAUCUUAGGUAGCCAAACUUAACCAAGCUAUGACACCAGUCAAGAAGCAUUAUCAUGUCUAGCUUCUGACAGUUGGUGAUGACUCAGAAUGGUUUUUAAUCAUUUGUAGUGACAAUUUUUAAAGGAAAGUAGUUGUAAUUAUUUUAUAAAAGCCAUUUCUAAGCAAUAACGUAAUAUUGAAUGUACAGAAGAGAACAUUUGAAGGCUUUGACAUGUUGUGCCCGCAUUAUAAGCUGGCAUUGGCCCUAAAAGGCCAAAAAUAGGUCAUAGUGUCAUGAAAUAUGCAGAAUCUGCACUUAACCAGCACUUAAAUGACUCUUUUAACCUAUUUACUUAAUCUUUAUGGGUUUAAUUUUCUAAUAUGGCUUCCCUUCUUUUUUUCUUCUUUUUUUUUUAAUCACUUAUCCCCGAAUUAAGUGAAUGUACAGCCAUCAAAGAUGUGUAUAUAUGUACAUGUGUUUGUGCACUGGCCAAAAUAGCAGAAUAAUUUCACCUGCAGCAACUGUGAGACACCUCUUAUAUUUUUCUGGGUUGAGAGGUGGACUGUCCACAUUAUUUGUACAGAUUGCAAAGCAUUUUAUUUUCAUCUGUCAUCUUUUUUUUUUUCCUGUAAGGCCAUGUGCGAUAUAUAUUUUAGUUGACACAAUGUGCCAAAAAAAUCAUUCCAAGGUAUUUUUGUAGUUUACAUGGAAACGAAUGGCUUCUUAAAAGCAAUUAUGAAAUUAAAAGGGUAAAUAUUUCUGUUAUCAAGCUUUUCCUUUUAUCUGCUUUUUUUUUUUUUUUCAAACUACAAUCAGUUUUAUUUAAAAGUAUCUUGUAAUUUUGUAAAGUGGGCCAUGUUUAAGAUAUGUUAAGAUUUUUUUUUCCCCUUUUUUUUUAUUUGUGUAGAUGUGUACCUUAAUGGGCUCCUGGAGAGUGUUUUUUGGAUUUUUAAUUUCAAUCUUGUGUUUUAUUCAUAAUUUGUAUAAACUAUUAAAGUUAGACUCAGUUAAAAGUGUUAAUUAACCAGCUUUUCAAACAUUACCAACUUGUGCUUUUUUCUUUCAUUUUAAGAGAAGUGUCUGGGUGAAGUGUUUAUUAAAUGUAAGAUGGAUAUGUUGAGCCAGGGGCUCAGUAUAGUUCAGUUCUGUUCUCAUCUUUUAUUAACCGCUCAAACUGUGGGUUUCCCUUCUGCUCAUUCAGGGUUCAUUCAUCUCCUGUGCUGUAUUAAAAGUGCUGCCAAAGACAGAUUUUAGGCCUUAACACACAGACGCAAACAUGCUGUAACACACACGCCACACAGUAACUGAAUUAAAGUUCACUGAUACUUGCUUACACAGUCUCUUAAACACACUGCACAUAUAAAUACAGGUCUGCAUAGUUAAAGAAGGGAGACAGAAGUUGAGUGGUGUUUUUCUGAUAACGCAGUGUUUGUAAAUGGCUGUCAAGCAGAUGUUGGUGUAGAGUGAACCUGCGGUGAGGACACAGGUGAACAUGCUCAUUGUAUUCAGCCUCUCAGUAUCAGCAAUAACACGUUCUGUGUUUCAGUCUUACACCUUUGUACUGUAAUAUUUGUGCAUGUUUCAGCAUUGUGCAUGGAGCUAGACAUCUCUUUAGGCUGAACUGCAGACCAUAUGUAUUCCAGCUACUAUAAUAAAAAGCAACUUGUUUGUAA